AUGACUGAACCUAUUCUGUCAUCUUUUUCACAACCUAGUAUCCAUUUACGCCCUUCAGGCAACGAACAUGCCAAUCGAGAACGAAGUGCCACCUUGCCUUCUUCUACCUUGAAACCUCAAAGGCCAAAGUUUUUCAAACGACUUUCGGCCACGUCCAUUCAUGCUAAGAAAGGCUCGAGUUCAUCCUCCACCCCGUCGCCGGACACAGAUACCUCCAUGGACAUGCCCCCACGUAAAUCGUCCCUGGACUCACCCCCUGCCACCCCGAUUCCCCAAUAUACCCGCGAACGAUCCUCUUCCAUUUCUUCUUUCGAACCCGUUCCAUUGGGCAACGAUACCACUUCCCCCACCACCGUCGUCUCUCGUCCCAAACACCACAGUUUACCCCUCCGACGUCGCCGACGGAAUACCAAAAGUAGUCGAACCUCCACCGCCUCGGACCUUGGCACGGAAGACACUAGUCAAAAGUUCUGUGGCGAUUAUCCUCUCGCCAAUGACAAACGCAACGACGACUUUCACGCGCUUUUCAGAAGCGUUCCAGAUAACGACGCACUCAUUGAAGAUUACAAAUGUGCUUUACAGAAAGAGAUUCUAUUACAAGGUCACAUUUACGUGUCGCAGCAUCACUUGUGUUUCAAAGCCAAUAUCUUUGGUUGGGUUACCAAUUUGGUAAUUGCUUUUUCGGAAAUCACUAGUAUCGAAAAACGAAUGACAGCCAAGAUUAUACCCAAUGGCAUUCAAAUCGCCACGGCCAAUGCAAAACAUAUAUUUGCAUCAUUCUUAUCUCGUGAUCAUGCUUAUGAUCAAAUGAUCAAGAUAUGGAAAAUGCAUCAUCAUCAUCAACAAGUCAAAGACGAUCAUUCAUAUCACGAAACAGUCAAGAACGACGACAAGGAUAUGAUGAGCAGCGACGGUGACAGUGUUUACGAUACCGGAUCGACCAUCAGUGUCAAUACCAGCAAGCACGAUCAAGAACCUCUCAUUCACAUUAAUCCACCCGUGUCCAAUCCUCCAUCCAAACCCGUGGUUCAACCUGUGAAACGCUCUGUAGUGACCAACGAUAAAAACGCGGAUCCUGUGAAACCCAUCUCCAACACCAUACAGCCUCAAUCCAAAACAAUCAGCGCCAACCAUCAUGCUACCAAUAACGAUGCCAACAACAAUAACAACAACAAAUGGUCAGCUAAAGUAUGUCCGUGCAGACUCAAAGGAGAACACUAUGCCCAUGUUGCCUUGGACGAAUGUUACGAUGGCACGGUGGAAAUGAUGUAUCGACUCUUGUUUGACAGCGAUUUCAUUAAAGGUUAUUUGGAAAAAAUUCAACACUGCAAAGACGUGUCCAUGGGACAUUGGUAUCACGGUAUCCGCAUGAGCUCGUAUAAGAGUAAAUUGCCCGAUGUCAGUCACGCUCACAAAGCCGUCAAAUGCUACCUCAAGGACGAACGAAAGUAUUGCAAAAUCUCAUCCUACGUAUGUGUGGUGACAACGACCCAAGUACCGGAUAUGCCCAUGGGUGCCGUGUUUGCCAUUAAAACGCGUACCUGCAUCACGCGCGUUGGCAAAUCCAAAGUUCGGCUUUUAGUGACUUAUCAAGCGGAAUUCAAGCAGGCCGGACUCAUGAGCUCUUUGAUUGAAAAGGAUGUCGCCAAUUUUCAACUGGCUCAUCAUGCCAAACUGAAUCAAGUUUUGCGUAGUACCGACAUUGUGCAGGAACUCGUGAAUGAUCAACGAUUAAAAUCCAUUUUGAAUGAACAAGGAGAACAAACCGUUUUAGCUCAACAGAGUUAUGGUGGGCAUCUGCUUCAGAUGGUCUUGUCGUUGACCAGAGGUUUGUUUUGUCGGAUCCGAUCCAUGGACCGAUCGCAUGUCGUGCUUUUGUGCUUGGCGCUGGCGCUCUUUCUCAAUCUCAUCAUGGCCUAUCGCGUUCAUCGUAUUUCCAACCACCUCCACCGUAUGACCGCUGCUUCUCCCCCUUCCUCUCUAUACCCCAACCAUCUCAAUCCAACCACCACCUCGGCCGCGCCGGGACACGAUCUCCUUUGGAUGCAAGGCGCAGUGCAGGAAUUACGGCAUCGCAUGAACGAACUCAAAUCAGAAGCUUUCCAUCAACGUCAUCGACUCGCCCCCCUUUUGAACGAUUGCCAAUCCAGCCAAUAUGAUCAUUAA